UAGAGAGAGAGCAGAGGCAACGGCCCUCUUCAGGAGGGGGGGCUUAUUAUAACAAAUAUAUACACACAUGUGCGAACUGUUUGGCCGCACGAUAGGUCACAUGUGUAUAACAGUAAUUUUAGAAAAGCAUACAAGCGCGGCUUUACAUUUAAAAUGCCUAUUUUACUUUUCCUGUUAGACACGUCCGCCUCUAUGAAUCAGCGCACUUAUUUGGGUACGACGUAUCUGGACGUUGCUAAAGGCGCGGUUGAGGUCUUUAUGAAGCUGCGUGCCCGAGACCCGGCUAGUAGAGGCGACAGGUACAUGCUAGUUACAUUCGAUGAUCCACCAUACGGAGUGAAGGCCGGCUGGAAGGAGAACCACGCCACCUUCAUGUGUGAGCUGAAGAACCUGCAGGCGUCUGGGCUGACUACAUUAGGUCAUGCUCUUCGCACGGCCUUCGACCUGCUUAACCUCAACCGGCUUGUCUCGGGAAUCGACAACUAUGGACAGGGCCGUAACCCGUUCUUCCUGGAACCAUCUGUGAUCAUCACCAUCACUGAUGGGAACAAGCUCACACACAGCUCCGGGGUGCCUGAUGAGCUGCACCUGCCUCUGAACUCUCCGCUGGCAGGCAGCGAGCUGACCAAGGAGCCUUUCCGCUGGGACCAGCGUCUGUUUGCGUUGGUGCUGAGACUGCCGGGAGCAGCCACUCCGGACACGGAGCAGCUCGGCAGCGUCCCCACAGAUGAGUCUGCCAUCACCCAAAUGUGUGAAGUCACUGGAGGGCGAUCGUACUGUGUGCGGACACAGAGGAUGCUGAACCAGUGUCUGGAGUCUCUGGUCCAAAAGGUUCAAAGCGGUGUUGUCAUUAAUUUUGAGAAGACGGGGCCAGAUCCACCUCUCAUCGGGGAAGACAACUCAUCGGAGCCAAGUCGUCCUGUGUCAUCCUUCAACCCGCAGCCGUGGCACAGCUGCCACAAACUCAUCUACGUGCGACCGAACCCAAAGACAGGGGUUCCAGUUGGGCAUUGGCCCAUACCAGAGUCCUUCUGGCCGGACCAGAAUUCUCCCACCCUGCCACCUCGCUCUGCACAUCCCAUGGUGCGUUUCUCUUGCGUGGACUGUGAGCCCAUGGUGAUCGACAAGCUUCCCUUUGACAAGUACGAACUGGAGCCAUCUCCGCUCACCCAGUUUGUUUUGGAAAGGAAGUCUCCACACAUGUGCUGGCAGGCGUUUGUUAACAGCAGCGGGAAACAGAAUGACCUGGGACAGCCAUUUGGCUACCUCAAAGCCAGCACCACUCUCACCUGUGUCAACCUCUUUGUGAUGCCUUACAACUACCCAGUACUUCUCCCACUCCUCGAUGAUUUGUUCAAAGUGCACAAACUAAAACCAAACCUCAAGUGGCGACAGGCUUUUGAGAUGUACCUGAAGACAAUGCCUCCGUACUACCUCUUGCCCUUAAAAAAGGCGUUGAGGAUGAUGGGUGCACCUAAUCUUAUUGCAGACACCAUGGACUGCGGCCUCAGUUACAGUGUUAUCUCUUACCUGAAGAAGCUCAGUCAGCAGGCAAAGAUGGAAUCUGAUCGUCUAAUCGUGUCUGUGGGGAAGAAGGCUCCCCAAGAAACUGGCAUAAAGGUGAAGAACCACUCCAGCUCUCUGUCUCUGGCCCACCGGCGGGACUUUAAGCAGUUGCUGCAGGGAAUCACCGGGGAGGGGCCCCUUCGCCUGGCGGACAUCAACUUCAAAGAGUUCGCUGGCUUCCAGAUCGCCCUGCUCAACAAGGAUGUGAAACCUCAAGUUUAUCGAAAUGCAUAUGACAUCCCGAGACGGAACCUUCUGGAUCAGCUCACCAGGAUGCGCUCCAAUUUGCUGCGGACGUCGCAAAAACUGAUCCGAGGGCAAGACGAAGACUAUCUGCACAGUAUCCCAGUGGCCCAGAUGGGAAACUAUCAGGAGUACCUAAAAAUGAUGCCGUCCCCUUUGAGAGAGAUUGACCCCGACCAACCGAAACGCCUGCACACAUUUGGGAAUCCUUUCAAGCAGGAUAAGAAGGGGAUGAUGAUCGAUGAGGCAGACGAGUUUGUAGCGGGGCCUCAAAAUAAGAAACGAGGACAUUCGGGCGAUUCCAACUCGGGUAACACGAUGAAGAGAAGGCGGAGCAUGUCUCCGUUACUGCGGCGGCCACAGACUCCACCAGCGAGCACCAACCAUGUGGUGGCGGGAAAGAGUCCGGUAGCCGUUCAGGGGCAGCAGAACCUCCUAAAACCCGUCCCACAGCACAAAGGAGUGGACGGCAACAACACAGUGAUCGCUGAGAGUAACGGUGACGGGGUUCUUGAGCCCGAGUCCGGGGAGAUGUGGACCGCCGAGAUGGACACUGUAGCAGAGAACGCAUCUCCACUGAGCCUGGAGGAGAAGGCCGGGCUGGGAGCAGCAGAUCGUGGAGAGGACAUCAACAUGACAGAAGAGAGACAAGCGGAAGAUCGUCUAGAUGAACAGCAGCCGGAGGAGAAACACAACUGUGACCGACUGAGUCCGCAGAGCCAACUGGACGACACUGAAGCCGACCCUGCGGUGCUGGAGACCAUCUUCAUACCUCCACUAGAUGGCAGCCAAGCAGAGCUGAGGAGUCAGAUCAUCAAGGAGGUCCGCAAACCUGGACGCAAUUUUGAGGCAAUACAUGGUCUGCUGCAGCAGGUGAAAGGAUCAGUUAAUGUUCAGAGGUACUUCAUCCAACACGCUAUCAAAGAGGCUGUCAGGUUCAAGAAGCGGGUACUGAUCCAGCAGCUGGAGGCGUCCCUCGCUGAGUUGGAGGAGAAGGCAGCGGCAUCCUCGCAGCUCCCCAACGAUCACGGCAGUUAGUGAUGGAGCCAGAUUUUCUUCGUUACUACAAAAGGGAAUAAAGCUCCUCUUUUAACAAACCUUUCACCACCGUAAAAGAGACAUUCUUGUUGACUAUUCCCAAAAAGACAAACUGACGAACUGGAGAGGGAGAGGACAAAUGCACUGAUGGCAGAUGUUCCCACUGUCCCUGUGCUGUUACAUCACAUCCUGUUAGAGGCAGAGGUCACAGGGUUUAACUGGAGGACAGGUCCACCGAGGAAAAUGACUUUAAGCAUAAUCCUCUUCGUAUUGACAGAUGCCUUAAACAUCCAUAUGGCUUUUGUCUGUAUCGGCACAUUGUUCACACACACACACACACACACACACACACACACACACACACACAGUAAGCCGUCAGAUCCUCAAAUAGCAGAGCAAACGGUGGACAGGUACAUUCCUGUUAUUGUUAUUUUUUAACAGACCUUUCUUCAGCUGGUCUGAAAAGUGUUUGUAAGACUGAUACUUCUUUUUUCCUAAGAAACAAAAUUUUGCAUUCAUGCAAAUUUUGGGCCAACACACAGGUCCACCUCAUAUUCUGAGUGUUACAUCUGCACAAAGGAUGCACUGAAGUUUUUUUCCUUACCUAAUUGAUUCUGUUUUUUAAUAUUUUUCUCAGCACAUCAGCUGAUACUGAUGUGCAGUGGCAUUAGAGGUGGGCGAUAUGGAUAAAACCAUGAGCAUAAAAUAAGUUCUAUGUUAUUAUGGGAUGUAUCAUCAAUUUUCUGAAGAUAAUACCCUGAUGGAAAUAUUUUUGCUAAACUUGUCAGUAACAAACAUGACUCUGGGUAUAUUUUGUCAUAUCGCCCAACUCUCAUCAGCACUUUUUUUUAAAUUUUGAAACUCCAAAAAGAGGUAAGAUUGCACAUGUAACCUGAUUUAUUGGCUUUUAAAAUCCGGUCCAUUUAGUUACUAUUUUGACAGUUUAUACUGACAUACUCUUGGAAAUAAACAUCACACAACAGUGCUUUUUAAAACUGAAAUAGAUGGACACCAACAGUAUGUAAAUGUAUUAGUGUUUUGGACUGAAUGUGGACCAUGUCCACAAGACAGUUGUCUUCUGUGGCUCAUUGAUUGAGCGUUAUCCUCCUCUUACCUGCCAUGACAGCAAUAGAACAUGAGUUCAGUGAAUGCAGCUGCUGGGAUCCUUUUAGGGUUUACUCCUCUAACCCCACAACACACACACACACACACACACACACACACACACACACACACACACACACACUCACUCAGAGUCCAGUAAAUCUUCCUUCACAAACACUCCAUUGAUUCCCAGAACUUUAACUGUAUUUGGAGGAGUUUGUGCAUGUGUCCGGGCUCAGUCGACAGUCACCUGUUGUGGAUUCUAACAGCUGGUUAUCCGCCCUCUGCUGCUUUUUCCAUGAACCCACGUUAGCACUCCUCCUUUAGUUUUCCUCGUUUCUAUGACAGAUGUACACUACUUUUUAAUGUUCAUAAGGAAUAUAGAUUAUUUUUGUGAAUUUGUUUAUUUCAGAGUAUAAGAAAUAUUUUGAAUUAAAUGUUUAAAGCCAAUUUUGUAAACUGUUAAAUACAUAUAUAAAACGGAAAGUUUUAUGAACCUACUCUUUUUUUACAAAACAAAAAAUAAACCAGUUAGAAUGGUACCUCCUGUUGUGUGUCAGUAUGUAUUUUUUAUAUUUGCAUAAACAUUAAUUUCAGUAGUGCCAAAUCUUGUCUGUAAAAUGUGACCUGCCCUUACUGGUUGUGAUCUUGUCCUUGUUCUAUCUGAAUAAUUUC